AGUGAAAAUAUCAAGAGGUCCUGGAAUGAUUUACAAGGAUUUGCUGGGAGAGCAUGGGAAAUGGGUCACUCUGACCCUCGGAAAGUCAUAUUUGCAACCAAAAUGGGGCUGGCAUUGUCAAUUGUGUCCUUUCUCAUAUUCUGGAAACAAUCAUAUCACGACAUCAGUCAGUAUUCAAUCUGGGCAAUCCUCACUGUCAUUGUGAUGUUUGAAUUCACUAUCGGAGCAACUUUUAUCAAGGGUUUCAAUCGCGGUUUGGGAACAUUUUGUGCAGGAAUUCUUGCUUUCUUCUUUUCUGAGCUAACUUUGUUGGCUGGCCAAUGGGAGGAAGUUGUAAUUGUUAUAAGCAUUUUUAUAACAGGAUUCAUUGCCUCUUAUCUGAAGCUGUAUCCCUCAAUGAAGCCCUACGAAUAUGGAUUUCGAGUGUUCAUAUUGACUUAUUGUAUCCUUAUGGUUGCUGGGAAUAGGACGAGAGGAUAUCUUGAGGCAAUUGUAACUCGACUAGUCCUUAUUGCAGUGGGAGCAGGCGUAUGUUUAGUUAUAAAUAUUUUCAUUUACCCCAUUUGGUCGGGCGAGGAUCUGCACUACUUGGUGGUUAAAAACUUCAAGGGUUUAGCUGCUUCCUUAGAAGCAUGUGUCAAUGGAUACCUUAAAGGCAUUCAAUAUGAAACUGUCCCCUCAACAUUACUUACAUGCCAAGCUGUAGAUGAUCCACUGUACAGCGGUUACCAAUCAGUGGUAGACUCUGCACGCCAAGAGGACACUCUGCUAGGCUUUGCAGUCUGGGAACCACCUCACGGGCGUUAUAAAACGUUCAAUUAUCCAUGGAAAAACUAUGUCAAAGUAAGUGGCGCAUUGAGGCAUUGUGCAUUCACGGUCAUGGCACUGCAUGGAUGUAUUCUAUCAGAAAUACAGGCCCCAGCAGAGAGGAGACAAGUAUUUCGCAGCGAGCUUCAAAGGGUUGGAGCAGCAGGUGCUAAAGUUUUGCUUGAGCUUGGAAGGAAAGUAGAAAAAAUGGAAAAAUUAGGCUCUGGAGACAUACUUAGAGAGGUGCAUGAGGCUGCGGAGCAACUACAGAAGAAGAUAGACAGAAGAUCAUAUAUCCUGGUCAAUUCAGAGAGCUGGGAAAUUGGAAGACAGCCCAAGACGAUAGAACGCCUCGAAGAUCUGUUGGAUAAAGAUAAGGAAAGUGUGCAAUUGGGGUUCAAGUCCUUAAGUGAAUCAGUACUUGAUCUGAGCUCACUUCCAGUCGAGACUCCUUUAAAAAAUGGUGGUUCAAAGGAUAUUAUAUUGAGGAAGCAAAUAGCUUGGCCAUUGCGUCACCCAUUCAAUGGCGAUGCAGUUGCAGAGGAAGCUGAUGAAUACAAUACAUAUGAAAGUGCAAGCGCCAUGUCUUUGGGGACAUUUGUUUCACUUGUGAUUGAAUUUGUUGCAAGGCUUCAAAAUGUGGUUGACACAUUUGAAGAACUCGGUGAGAAAGCAGAUUUUGAGGAGCCUUUUAUCAAUGUGCCCACGACAAAGAGGGUUGGAUUUUGGAUCAGACUAUUCAGGACCAGGAAGGCACUGAAGGCACUUGCUGCCAGGAGAAGGGAGGAAAAUACAGAAAACUCAAGAAAGACCAGGUCGAAAGAAUGGAAUAAGCUGAAUCUGCUAGAAGAUGAAGAAGCUACCAUAGUCUUUGAUGAAGCAGUUGUAGAGGAGAUAUCUUACAAAGGAGAAUCAGACAAAUAUCGUCUUUGGAAUGGAAGACCAUGGUCUUUCCAUUACCAUUUGUUUGCACUAAAACUCUUUGAUGAGGACACACCACCACAGAAGCUGAGGUUCAUGCAGGAGCGUUUCUGGAUUCAAUUCCAUAAUCUGCCACUGUCUUGCAUGAAUGAGGAUAGAGGAAGGCAGCUGGGCAAUACCAUUUGUGUGGUGGAGAUGGUGGAUGUGAAAGAGGAUGGCAGUGGAUGGGGAAGACAUCUGAGGAUCUUGAUUGUGAUAGAUCUUCAAAAACCAUUAGCUAGAGGACCAUCAAUGUGA